GGUUAUUUGGAGUUUACGAGGAGCUAUGAAGGCAGCAGAACCCCCGUCACAGCCUUCCGCGGGAAAUUCGGACGAUUUCUUAUUUGGAUUAUAAACAUAACCUCAGCGUUAUAGCUAUAACACUUUGUAAAGCACAACCUUAAUGUUAGUGGACGUUGCUGGUACAGCCAACAUAAUAAAAUGUCAAAGAAGAAAGGACUAAGUUUGGAAGAGAAGAGAAGUCGCAUGAUGGAAAUUUUCUUUGAAACGAAAGAUGUGUUUCAGCUGAAAGACAUUGAGAAGAUUGCUCCUAAGACAAAGGGAAUAACUCCCAUGUCUGUGAAGGAUGUUCUGCAGAGCCUGGUGGAUGACAACAUGGUGGACUGUGAAAGAGUGGGUACGUCCAACUACUACUGGGCCUUUCCCAGCAAAGCCCUCCACGCUCGCAAGAAGAAACUGGAGGAGCUGCAAAAUCAGAUUUCUGAAGCAAAGCAGCGGAAAGUGUCUGCGGAGAAAGCGGUUGAAAAAGCGAAAGUAGGACGUGAAGAUACAAAGGAGAGAAGCUCUCUGCUGAAGGAGCUGCAGGCUCUAAAAGAGGAGCGAACUCAGCUGCAGGCCGAGUUGGACAAGUACAGGGAAUGUGAUCCAGAAGUCAUUGAGGAGAUGAGAAAGUCAAAUGUUGUAGCAAAAGAAGCUGUUUCCAGAUGGACAGACAAUGUUUUCGCCAUAAAGUCAUGGACAAAGAAGAAGUUCUCUUUUGAUGACAGCCACAUUAAUAAAGCCUUUGGGAUUCCUGAAGACUUUGACUACAUGGACUGACUGCCAGCUUCUCUACCAGAGUUCAUGGUCAAAGUGCAAAAUAAGUGUUUAAGCUUUCAGUUUGAGGCAAGUAUACCUUGUCUCAGCAGUUCUAGUUUAUGUUCAGUGUUGUAACGUGAAAGGCAUAUCUAUGGUCUGGUGUAGGCUUUGAAUAAGGCCAGAUUUUAGUAAUUUUGCUGUGGCAGAUGGAAUUUAUCAGCCGAUAUGUUGCAUUGGUGCAACCAGAAAAGAAAUGCAAUCACUAGUUGCUGUGAAGGGUGAGGGGGUUCUGUGAUGAACACAACUUAGCAGCCUGAGUUUUGGGACACCUGUUUGCAUGAAAACUGAGAGCCCCAAAAUGAUGAUGGAAAGGAAUUAACACUUAACACAUCUGUGCAGCCAAUGAUCUAAUGCAUAUGGUUUAAACAGACGGUUUGGAAUCAAAUGCUUGUGCUCUUUUUUUUCCUACCUUUUAUUUUUGCUGAAAGAAAAAAAACUUUUGAGCAACAUCUAGUCCUCUAUUUUUCACAAAAAGUGCACUGGGACUGACGGGAGAAUUGAAUUACAGAGGACAUGUUUAGGAUUUGUUAUGUGUACAAGUGCUGUAAAUAUUUAAAGUAAAUUUACUUAUUGCAGAAGCUCUUUUCUCGUGCUGCAAAUAAAAUGUCCCUUUGAGUUAAAAAGCCA